GAGGUUACGAGAAUAUCUAAAUAUGGUAUGCUUCAAGAAUCACACACAUCUUCUUCCUCAAGCUUUCCCAUUGCAUACAAGCCAGAUAUUACCAUGGACAGCAAGGCCAACACCACCCCCUAUGAUCUCCCCGACAACGCAGUCUGGUUUAUCACCGGCUGCUCGUCCGGGAUAGGCCGGUCGCUGGCCGAGCUCGUUCUCGCCCACCCCACGCACAGGCUGGUCGCGACGGCGCGCAGCCCGGCCGCCCUGUCGGACCUGGCGGGGGCCGCCGAAAACGCCGACCGGCUGCUCAAGGUGGCGCUAGACGUGACGUCGCAGGCGGCCAUCGACGCGGCCGUGGCGGCGGCGCUGGCGCGGUUCGGGCGCGUCGACGUGCUCGUCAACAACGCGGGCUACGGCAUCAUGGGCGACGCCGAGGCCAUGGCGCGCGAAGAGGAGCGGCGGCAGGUCGAGACCAACUUCUGGGGCCCCGCGGCGCUGUGCAAGCACGCCGUGCGCGUCAUGCGAGACGAGAACCCAAAGGCCGCCGCCGGGGGCAAGGCCGGCGGCGUCGUGCUCAACGUCACCAGCAUCGGCGGGUUCGUGGGCUUCCCCAUGCACAGCCUGUACCACGCCGCCAAGUUCGCGCUCGAGGGGUACACCGAGGGCAUGGCCAAGGAGAUGCUGCCCGACUGGAACAUCCACUUCUGCAUCAUCGAGCCCGGCGGCGUCAACACCGGGUUCGCGGCCAGCGUCAACCGCGGGGGCCGGCACCCGGCCUACGAAAGGCCGGACGGGCCGGGCCGCACGCUCGAGACCAUGGUGGCGGACCCGAGGGCGCGCGAGAUGUGGGCCAGGCCCGAGGCGGUGGCGCGGGCCAUGUUCAAGGUCGUCGCCGACGCCGGCAGCGGCGCCCGCGGGCGCAUCCCCAUCAGGCUGCCGCUCGGCGUGGACGCCUACGCCAUCAUCAAGAGGGCGGUCGCGGACGUUGAACGGGACCUGGAGGAGUUCAAGGAGCUGUCCAUCAGCACGCAGAAGGCGGCGGGCGACGACAUGGAGGCUCUGGCUUGAGAUGCAUGAUGCAUGAUGGGGCGGUAAUUGGCCGUCUCCUGAUUGGCCAGAAACCCAAUUCAGCGGCACCCCCUCCUCGCCCUGCAGGGUUAUGCUGCCUCUCCACCUGCCUCAACUGGAACUGGCGGCAGCCCAAAGUGCAUGGGUCUGAGUGCGUUGCAGUCUGACUUCGUAUCAGGGGCAAGCGAGGGGUCUAAAACUGGAUACGGGCGCGGGUGGGCCCGGCCCGCCGCCACAGGAAAAAGGGGAGGACGAUAGAAGCACAUGAGAUGGGUAUGUUAAAAGGCGUGUCGCCGGGUAGUGUUGUGAUGUAGAGGCACUCUCCAACCACUGCCCUUCACCCUCGCUAUUCGAGAGCUUCUCUGCCACUCGCUAUCAGAGAGCUACUCC